ACCAUAUCACGCAUUGGAAUACGAACUAUGGUGCAGGGAGAAGAGCAGAACAAAACAUUUCCCGGCGUCCUGCUUCCUGCUCUGCGACUACGAUGAACAACAUCAGGAUAUGGGCAAGCCUUAGGAGCAACGAUCGUAGAGGUAGCUUCGUGGGUAAAGGACAGAGAGAGAUCCUCGUAUAGCAGGAGGGUGGAUUUAGUGAUGGGCUUUUCUUCCCAAGUAUUGCAAGAGGGGAUUAAUGGGUGGGUUUUCGUGUCGCACGUGACAUUGGUUCACGUGACCCUCCUCCAAGGUGAAUAUUGGCUCCAUUUUAUCUGCUACAUAGUUGCCUCAGAGCUCUCUCUCGCUCUCUCGGCCUUACACCUCACCUCAAUCUACCUAGUUUGGCUCUCACCAUCUAAUUGACUAUUCGC